ACAUCCAGCAAUGACGCCCUCCGAGCUCAUGGCAUCAUCCCUCCUAAACCCCCUUCUAGAGAACCUUCUCCUGACCUCCCUCAUUUAUCCCACAACGACAUCACCCAUGCAUUAGCCUCGCAAGCCACACCCGAUCAGCUAGGCGAACUGUUAGAAGACGAACAACUGGAUUCUGAUGAUGAAAAGGUGUUUGAAGCUUAUCGUCGUCAACGGAUGGCAGAGAUGCGUAAGGAAGAGAAAAGUGGAAGGUUUGGGAGUUUGAUGCCUCUCGGAAGGGAAGAUUUCGUCAAAGAGGUGACGGAGGGUAGUAAGCAAGGAACUGGGGUGGUUGUGUUCUUAUAUAAGGAUUCAAUACCCCUCUCUCAACACCUUCGACCCCUCCUACAAACCCUAGCCACCGCUCACCCAUCCACCAAAUUCCUCUCCAUCCCCGCCCAUCUAUGCAUACCCAACUACCCCGAUCGUAAUGUCCCCACACUGCUCGUAUAUCGUAACGGAGAAAUCACCGGAAAUCUCGUCGCUGGACAAGGACUUAACGGUCUCAAAACAACCGUCAGAGAGCUAGAGGGAGUUUUAUUGAGAUACAAAGCGAUCGAGAAACCAGCAGAUAGUUUAGGUCCGAAGAGAAAUGAAGAGGAAGAAGAUGAUGAUGUUGAUGGGGAGUCCAGACUCGGAAAGGUCGGUAUGGUGGGGAGUAAAGCGAGCGGGAUCAGGAAUGGGGACGAGGAGGAUAGUGAUUAUGAUCUUUGA